AUGGUACGCCGUCGAUCAGGGAAGGGCAAGGUUUCCCACUCGAAGCCGCGGAGUGUGGACCGCAAGGACAGCAAAAUGCGGAAGUGGAACAAAGCGUCGGACGUGCCUAUGGAUGAGGAAGACCAGUUCCAUGCCUCCAGGGACCAGAUUCUGCUGGAGGGAAAUGAGGACGGCGGGUCCGACGACGGCGACGAGGACGAGGUGUUCGCGCUGAAAGGCGUGGGGUCAGACGGCUCCGAAGACGAAGACGAGGGCGCAGCGGCUGAGGACGACGAGGACGACAUUGACGACGUGCACUACGCCGCCGCGGCCGCGGCCAAAAAGGAGAAAGAGAAGAAGUCGAAAGCAAAGGCGAAGGGCAAGAAGGGCAAGAAAGCCGAGUCUUCGGAAGAGGAGUCCGCGUCGGACUCGGAGGAUGAGGGCUGGGGCACGCAGAAGGCCGCGUACUACUCGUCAAAUGCGCAGGAGAUUGACAGCGAGGACGAGGAGGCGAUCGAGCUCGAGGAGGAGGAGGCGAAGCGGCUACAGACGAAGGCGCGCGACGCGAUGGCGGACGACGACUUUGGGCUUGGGGACGUCGUGGAGGGGCUCCCUGACACAGAUGGGCUUGUGGACGAGCUCGCGGCACCUGCUGCUCAGCCGCUGCCGCAAGACAAGCAGUCCCUGCUCCGACAUCUCGAGAAGACCAACCCCGAAGCACUCGCAUUGGCAAACGACUGGGACGACGUCGCGCACAGCCUAGUGAACGCCCAAGCCAAGAUCGCAAAACUAGAGGCGAAGGACCCGAGCGCCCUCGGCCUGAGCAUGAUGCACCUCCAUCACCAGGCUCUCCUCACCUACGCCACCACCCUCGCGUUCUACCUCCACCUCCGCGCGAGCGAAAAAUACGCGCAGCGCCCGGACCUCCUCCGCGCGCACCCCGUGCUCCCACGGCUCCUCAAGCUCAAGCAGUCGCUCGCGACGCUCGAGGACCUCGACUUCGCCGCGUCCGAUGACUCCGACAUGAGCGGCCUCUCCGGCGGCGAAGAUGAAGAUGAGGACGAAGGCGAGGACGAGGAGCUCGAGGACGCGAUGGACAGCGAAGACCUCAUGGCCGACGCCGAAGAGCUGUGGGCCGGGAGCCGGCUCAAGAAGAAGGGCAAGGGCCUGGAGCGCGGCGAGCUCGAGGACCUGCUCCGCGAGGCGAGUGACCUCAUCGACGGCAGCUCGGGCGCGGGCGCGGACAGCAAGCCGAAGAAGGCGAAGCGCAGGCAGAACGCCGCGGCGGAGGAACCCCCGAAGAAGAAGCGCAAGGCCGCAGACGCACGCGCGCAGCCGGUCCCCGCUAUGCCCGUGUUCGACCUCGUCGAGCCCGAGCUCGCCGCCCCGCGAUCCACCGCGAAGGGCAAGGGCAAGCGGCGCGCGGACGAGGACGCGGGCGCGGAGGACGUGUACGGGGAGGCGUCCGCGCUGGACGUCGCGGACGCGGCGGACAAGCAGGCGCGCAAGAAGACGCUGCGGUUCCACACGGCGCGCAUCGAGAGCACGGCGGCGCGGCGUGCGGGCGCGCGGUCCGGCGCGGUCGGGGGCGACGACGACAUCCCGUACCGCGAGCGCAAGCGCGCGAAGGAGGCGCGGCUUGCGAAGGAGGUCGCAAAGACGCGCGGGGCGGACGGCGCGGAUUUGGACGACGUCGACCCCGAGGCGGAGAUGCCCGUGGACGGCAAGCAGGCGAAGAAGCGGAGACGGGACGAGAGCGAGAGCGGGAGCGACGGCGAGGGUGGCGCGGCGGACGGGUACUACGAGCUCGUCCAGCGGAAAUCGAAGGAGACGAAGGAAAAGAAGAAGCACGAACACGACGCCGUCAAGGCUGCCGGACGGUAUGUCGAGGUGGAGGAAGCGGACGGUCCCCGAUCGCUUACGCGGGCGAUCCUCAAGAACAAGGGCCUCACGCCCCAUCGUCCGAAGAGCGUGCGCAACCCCCGUGUCAAGAAACGUCAGAAGUACGAGAAGGCGAAGAAGCGGGUGUCCUCGCAGAAGGCGACCUACAAGGGCGGCAUGGAUGCGAGCAGGUACGCCGGAGAGAAGACAGGUAUCUCGCAGACCGCCAAGGGUGUACGCCUGUAG